UGCUCUCUUGCAGACAUGAAAAGAGAGGGAGGGUACUCGGGUUCGCGAUUACGCACCUGCUCCUCAUACCACGUCCCUACCUGAACCUCCUGCGUUCAACCUGCGCGGCAUCGCCUCAUAGUCACUGGUAGAUAGGAUACCAACGGACCUCCGCGCCCUCCCGCGCCUACCCACAACUCUCGCUCUCUCGGACUACCUGUCGGUCUCGUUCCAGCGCCCGCGAGCCGGCCGGAACUCGCCUCUGUCGCACCAAAGGUGCGCUCAGGUGAGCUAGAGCGAGGCAGUCACGGCACAGCAUCCAGCAGCAGCGCUACUAGCGGCAGCCGAACGGAAAGACUCCCAGGCAAGUCGCCCUGGUGCAUACGUGUGCGCCGGUUCCCCCCGUGCGUGUGAACCGUACGUGAGGCUCGGCCUGCGCGUGGGUGUGAGCCGAGGAAGCCUACCUGGCGGCGGCGUCCGAUACGCAGUAACCCGUGCGCCUCUUCGUGUCCUCCCGUGGAAAGAGCGCAGCGCGCGCGCGCGUGCACGCGAGACAUUCCCGUGUGCGGAUGCCCCGGUUCCUUCGCCGUCCGACGACCAGCUCGCCAGCUGAAUCGACUUCUGGAAGACCGACCUUGGGAGAACGGAGCGCGUCGACGCGCCUGCUCCUUUCGCGGCUGCUCGCACCGGCUGAGAGAGAGAGAGAGAGAGAGAGAGAGAGAGAGAGAGAGAGAGAGAGAGAGAGAGAGAGAGAGCGGAGCGAGCGAGGAAGUGCGUCAACGACGAGCGAGGAAUACGCGUUCGCGCGUUUGCCGCGUGCUGUGUAAACGUGUAAACCUGUGUUUACCUGUACACGCGGCUACGCUGGAGAAGAAGGUGAAGCUGAUACGCGAGCGCGCACGAGGGGAUCCUCCUCGUCGCGCGAUCCUCGUCGUCGUGAAUCGUCGUGAGUGAGUGUGCUCGCGGAUCCGCUGAUCCGUUGAUCGUCGUAAGAUCGUCGGCCAAUAAGUGAUUCCGAUCCAUUGGGAGAUGCGACGGUGGCACUAAAGGAGGAAACUAAAAAAGGAAGAGCCGGAACAAGAGAGACUGCUUCUCUCCGUCCUCGCGCGAGAGCCAGGCAUGCAUCUGGCUGCCGACCGGACUAACCAGAGGAAAUUUCAGACCUGAGCAAAUGUGAAGAGUCGAGAACGAGCGGAGGAGAAAUGAUCGGUGACGCCUGUGAUUCGACACGCUUCUAAAUAGCGCUCAAUCGGCAUGUCGACCGACAUUGUAGUUACGUCGGCCUCGGCCACGGUCUCGGAGGAGACGAGCAGAGGUCGGGACCUGGCUCUUGGACCGCCUCCAAGGUCAGGGCCCUCUUCCGCAGCCGCGUCGUCCUCCAGUUCUGGCGCGGCGUCGACAUCGAGAGGGUACGAUCCGACCGGCGCUCUCGCUGCCUUCCACCAUCACCGUCAACUGGUGUCCAGUCUGGGUCACCCUCGAGAGACGUCAGCCUUCGUACCCGUGGUACCCUCGAGACUGCAUCUCACGCCUUAUCCGGGCGAAAUGCACGCACACUUGGCCGGGCCGCCGCCUUCCUCGUCGUCGUCAACGAAUUCGGAGCACGAAGUCGGCGGGCCAGAGUCCUCGGUGGCCAGAAAGACCUCGUCGAGCUACGAGAUCAUGGCGAUGAUGGCCGACAAGAGGAAGGAACUGGCGGCGAGGGCGCUCCUGCUGCCACCACCUCCUCUUCUCGAGCCACCCGGUUAUCCCGUGUUCGGUGGCCCCUUCCCAGCUGGCACCGGUCUCUAUCCUACGGGUGGACCCUUGACCCACCAGCACCUAGAUCGGAGACUGCUCAGAGCGCCCGGCAGGGCGUCGAGGCCGAAGAAGCAGUUCAUUUGUAAAUUUUGUAAUCGACAAUUCACGAAAUCGUACAACCUUCUUAUUCACGAAAGAACGCACACCGACGAGAGACCGUACUCCUGCGACAUCUGCGGUAAGGCGUUCAGGAGACAGGAUCAUCUUAGGGAUCACAGGUACAUCCACAGUAAGGAAAAGCCGUUCAAAUGCGGCGAAUGCGGGAAAGGCUUCUGCCAGAGCCGUACCCUCGCGGUCCACAAGAUCCUGCACAUGGAGGAAUCUCCGCACAAGUGUCCAGUCUGUGCCAGGAGUUUCAACCAGCGCAGCAACCUCAAGACCCAUCUCCUCACGCACACGGAUCACAAGCCGUACGAGUGCACGUCGUGCGGAAAAGUGUUCCGCAGGAAUUGCGACCUGAGGCGACACGCGUUGACCCACGCCGUCGGUGAUGUCCCUCCCGAGGCGCUGGAGGAGGCGCUGAGGGACGACGACAGUCCAGAGGAGGAUUGUCCCGAGCCGGGACCUUCGUCCUCCUCGUCGACGUCCGCAGCGUCGAGCAGCGCGUCCGCAGCACCGCCAGCGUCGUCAUCGAGUUCCUCCGGAUACCCUCCGCAGGGACCUUCGGCACCGCCGCCGGCCGCGGCCGCGGCCGUAGCAGCAGCGGCCGCGGCCACGGCGCCAGCACCUGCGCCAGCACCACCGUUACCGUUACCGCAGAGACCUCAGCUACAGAUCAGAAGAGAUCUGUUGCCCGCGGUGAAGCCGUCGACGGUCACCAGCGGCGGCUCCGUGGCUCACUCGGUUACUCAGAACCCACCGACCGCUCUCCCGCCGCCACCGACACCGCUCAUUCUCACGUCUUAUCGGCGAAGACUCGGCUCACCGGGUCCUUCCAGGAUGCUGUUGGAGCUGCAGGAGCGCGAACGCGAGAGAGAGAUGGAGCAGAGCAGGGAGAGAGAACGCAACAGAGAACGCGAGAAGGAAGUCGCCAGACCACCGAGGGCGCCUACACCGCAGCCGCUACCUCCGCCCAGACCAGCACCAGCGCGUCAAGGUUUCACCAUCGCGGACAUAAUGCGCCGAUAGAUGCGCUGACACGGUGGCGUUUGACAGCCUUCCUCCACAGUUUGCGAGCGUUACGUCAGCACCGAGCGACAAGGAGGAGAGACCGAUCGCUUCGAGGUGAACAAAGUAGGGAUUGUUUCAGCACGACAGCCUUCUCGUCGCGUACGAUGGGACGUCUUAUACAGUCUAGUAAGAAUUAGAAAAAGACCGACGAGAUCUUCGCGCGCGAUUCCCACGACGAAUUCGUGGGACGUGCUAGAUUCCGAAAUAGUUGGACUACUGGACUCAUAAAACUCAUAAUCCUCUCGAUUAUGGCCAAACGGUCACGUUCCGAAAGAUCGAUGUGAAUGGCGAGGAAAAAAGCAAUGAGAAAACGGGACGGUUAGCACGUCGAUUUCCACGAUUGUCACUCGGAGACGAACGUUAACUUUUGUUAUGUAUAACUCACGUUAUACAUAUAAAAGCGCGUCCGGUAGAAAACCAAAAAAAGGGCAAGGCACACAUAUACACACACACACACACACACACACACAGUUAGGAAUCGCAUCUUCUUUCGACUUGUCCAAAGUUGGAGAGGAAAUUGUCGUGCAUUCGGUGGAAAUCAAUGUGCUGCGCGCAUGAAACGCAAAAAUGCCAAAAAUGUGCCUGAGCGUCUCGUCCGAGGGAGGUUCGCCGAGGGUAUUCCUCGGUGAUGCUCUCGCGCAAAGUCGCGAUCGCGAUCGCGACAACGACGUAACGGACGCGAAAAGAGGAGGGGGGAAGGGAGGGAGAGGAGGAGGAGGAGGAGGAGGAGGAGGAGGAGGAGAGAGAGAGAGAGAGAGAGACGACAGUCUUACGGAGAGCAGCCGCCUCGUCAGUCUACAUAUUCUUUUGUCCUCGCUUAGCCGUCGCGUCGCGGCGACACGGUGGGGAUAAUGCAAAUUUCGUGGUCGGGAUAAUAACCCGUGCCACCGUGGCACAGGUACGGUGGCAGGUGCAGUACACGGUUUUGUACCUGCUCGAUCGGCGCGCCCGCGCGGAAUACCUGGCUCCCGGCUUCUGCUCCCGCGCUUUCUCCCUUCUAAAAAUAUUCCGUCCCUAGACGAAUGCCACGCAUCGGUAUAUUCUUUUUCUCUUCCUGAGCCUCCCCUCGCCCUCCCCCACUCUGCCGUUCUGCGCCUCGUCGCAUCCAUCCACCUACUCACUGGCCACGGAAGAGAAGCAUUAAUGGUCCUUUUGUGGAACCCGAAUUGUACACCGUUCGACCGCGGCGCGGCGGACGAUCCUCUCGGCCUAUGCGCCGGCACGCACAAAGGGGUGCCGUGCUCCUCCCCCCUUCCCGUCCUCCCUUCGGUGGAUCUCAAAGGAGUGUCCGUGCGCGCGCAAACGAGCGAGCGGAGGAGCGUCGGUGGAGCGUGUUACAAAAAGUAGAUUGUCGUUUUCAAGGUGUCCAUUGUGAUUCGAAUCGAAUUUCGACUCGCGUUCGAAUGCGCAGAUCAUUCGGACGCGACUGUGCGUUAUCGCUGCGCGUCGUCGCUGUGAAAGAUGCGAGAGAAUUGCGGUACGAGGAGGAUGUGUGCAUUCCCCCCCGCCUCCCCCCCGCCCGCCGUCUUUGGAUGGGGACCGUUGCGUCACGAGAGAGCAGCGCACUUGAGAGAUACAGCGAUCUUGUUGUAUCGAAUAAUUUCGUAACAAUGAAUAAAUGCCAGGACAUGGCGCGACAUGGCGCGACCUCCCUCAUUGCGCCCCGCGAAUGCCGCGGAAUUUCGGUCAGCGCGAAACUGCCUCCGAGUACAAAUUCUCUCCUUCUCCCGUCUGUUUCCAUCGACGCUUUGUUUCGCGGAGACGAGACUACAUUAGAGAAAUGGAAUUUAAUUGCGUUAAAUUAAGUCUCGCAUUCGGUCGAGAGUACGUACGAGUGGUGUAGUACGUAGUCGCGAUUACAGAGAGAGAAUCUAAUGCAAUCAAGUUGAAUUUCAUUACGCUCAACUUGCGUCCACGUGAUCUGAAUUGUGUGUGAAACGGAACUGUCAUGUCGGGAAGAUGUUAUACUUUGCGAAUACCUGAUGUGUGUAAUAUCUCCCACGUACGCGCGAUUGCGCACUGUCUCGUCUCAUAAUGUUUUAUAUACUGCGUGUAACGGUAAUAAAUGUAAUUACUAUUUUAAGUAUCACGCGCACGAGUCUUUGAAAACGAACAUGGAAUUCCGAUAUUUUUCUCCGUCGAAUUGUUCCACGAACAUUAGGACGCAUGAUGCAAAUGAUGCAAAGUGAUUAUUGAUCCUUGCGGUACGGCAGGUGCUUGCCGCAUAAGGUUAACCAGACGACAGUCGCGACAGCAUUUAUGUGCUAAGCUUUUUCAUAUAUAUAUAUAUAUAUAUAUAU